CGCACGCGUUCCCAUGCACGUUCUUCCUCCAUCGCUGUGUGUCUGUCUGUCUGUAUUUUAUUUUCUUUUAAUUUCCCUAAUUAAACAUAAUAAUAACAAUAAGUUAGUUAAUAUUGUUGGUGUUUGGUUUAGAGAAGAAGGGUUGCGUGGUUUUGGUCUGAAGAGGAGGAAGAAGAAGAAAGCAGAAAGAUGUUGCAGAGAGCUGCAAGCAAUGCAUAUUCAUGGUGGUGGGCCAGCCACAUCAGAACUAAGCAAUCCAAAUGGCUCGAGCAGAAUCUCCAAGAUAUGGAGGAAAAGGUACAAACUGUACUUAAACUCAUUCAAGAGGAUGGAGACUCCUUUGCCAAGAGAGCAGAAAUGUACUUCAAAAAUAGACCGGAGCUGAUACAAUUUGUCGAGGAAACCUACAGAGCUUACCGCUCCUUGGCUGAGCGGUAUGAUCACAUUUCAACAGAGCUACAAAAUGCCAACAACACAAUCGCUUCUGUUUUCCCGGAACAAGUUCAGUUUGCGAUGGAUGACGAAGAUGAAUAUCCCUCACCUAAAAUGCCUAGAAGGCCUCCAGAUAUCUCAAAAUGGAGCAUCCCAGAGGUCCCCCCAAAGGGUCCUACUAAAGAUUUAAGGAGUCCUCUCACGAAAACAACAUCGAAAAAUAAGCUGGAGCCUCAGCGAUCAAUGAAAUCCUUGUCUGCUAAAACAGUUCCUAAAUCUGGCUUGACCAAACCUCAGGCACGUGAAGAGAUUGACAAGAUGCAGAAACAGAUUCUGUCCCUACAAACGGAGAAAGAGUUUGUAAAAAGUUCGUAUGAGAAUGGACUUGCAAAGUACUGGGCAAUCGAGAACCAAAUCAAGGGAAUGCAGGAGAAAGUAUGCAGCUUGCAAGAUGAAUUUGGUGAGGGUAUGGUCAUUGAAGAUAACGAGGCUCGGAAUUUGAUGGCAGCAGCUGCUUUGAAGUCAUGCCAAGAUACAUUGGUUGACUUGCAGGCGAAACAGGAAAGUACAGCUGAGGAAGCGAGGGUUGAGUCAAAAAGGGUUAAGGAUGCCCGGAAGAACUUAGAGACUCUUAAGAACGAGUUUCAUCCUGAUCAAACAAAUCCGGAAAAUCCAAAUGUAAAGGAUGAAUCUGUAAAUGAAGAAAAUGAAAAAAGCUUGGACCAGGAAGUGGACAAGGCAACUCAACAGAGACAGAAAUUAGAGUUAUUACGGGAGAAAAUUAAGGAACACUAUGACGCUGCACCCGAUCCAUCUCUCACUGUUUCGGAAAUGGCAGAUAAGAUUGACGAGCUCGUGACUAAGGUGAUCAGUUUAGAAAGUGCAGUUUCAUCACAGACUGCCCUAGUCAAGAGAUUAAGAAGCGAAAAUGACGAGAUUCAUGAACAGAUUAAAAAUCUGGGAGGUGACAAGGCUACUCUCAUAGGUGACAAGGAAGACUUGAGCAAAAAGCUGAAGGAAUUGGAGGAAAAGCUGCAUCAAGUUCAGGAUCUUAACCGGAGUGUUGAAAACCAGAAUGACAACCUUCAGACACAUUUUACCGAAGCAACUUGCAAUCUCGAUCACAUUUCUCAUAAACUGGAAACCGUGAAGCCAGAUGAGGAGGUCAAGGUCACAGGCUCAUCAGAAACAAAAGAGGAAUCUCUUGUGGAAACCAAGUUGCAGAAAUCUCUUGAAGGAGAAGAAAAUGCGGUCCAUCCUGUCACUGGAUCCAAGGUACUGGAGGAAGCAAAGUCAGAUGAGGAACUGAAGCCUACAGUUUCACUGCAAAAAGAUGAAGAACUUCCGCCUGAAGUGAGACCGUUAAAAGAGUCCACAGAACAUAAGGAAAUAGAAAAGUCGAAUGAUGGUUCUGUAAAAGCCACGGAUGCUCUUAUUACUUCUGCCGCGGAUCAAGGAAAAGAUGUUUUUCAAUGCCUGGAAAUUAAUAAUGCGGUAAAUCCUGUCACUGGCUCCAGGGUAGUACAGGAAGCGAAGUCAGAUGAGGAACUGAAGGCUACAGUUUCACAGCAAAAAGAUGAAGAAUCUCUGGAUGAAGGGAGACCGUCAAAAGAGUCCACAGAACAUAAGGAAAUAGAAAAUCCUGCUCAUGGUUCUGUACAACCUACAGAUGCUCUCAGUACUUCUGCUGAAAAUCAAGGAAAAGAUGUUUACGAAUCCCCGGAAAUUAAUAUCGAAGUUGAGGAACAAUCAACAAGGAACGAAGAUGAGCCAGACUGGCAGAAAUUGUUUGUGCAUGGGAUGGAGGACAGAGAGAAGAUUCUAUUGACACAGUACACGAUAACACUUCGGAACUACAAGGAUCUGAAGAAGAAAUUCAGUGAAGCAGAGAACGACCUCUUUGAAACAUCAGUGCAGAUGAAAGAAUUGAAGAGUGCCAGUGCCAUGAAGGAUGAAGAGAUUAAAUCGUUGCAUAAGAAACUGGAUCUUCUGUUACAGAGUUUAGGUAAAACCAAAGACUCAGAAGAGUUUAAAGCUUUAGAUCACCCGCAGACCCCAACGAGUGGUUCAGCAGAUAAGAAAGAGGAUGAUCAAUUUGAGGGAACUUCGGAAAUAGAAGAAAAAUUCCGUUCGAACAUUGAUGAACUGUUGGAGGAGAACCUGGAUUUCUGGUUAAAAUUUAGCACUUCAUUCCACCAAGUACAACAAUUCGAAACAACCGUCCAAGAUUUGCAGUCUGAGAUAUCCAAGCUUGAGGAGAAACGAAAGAAACAAGACGGAAGUAGUCAUGCAAAAUAUUCUAUGAAAUCAGAUGCACGACCGAUAUACCAGCACCUAAUGGAGAUACAGACUGAACUGAAUGUUUGGUUGGAAAAGGGUGCACUACUGAAAGACGAGCUGCAGUGCAGAUUCAAGUCUUUGUGCAGCAUUCAAGAAGAAAUAACAAGGGCUUUGAAGACGAGUGCCGAGGACGGUGACUUCAAGUUUACAAGCUAUCAAGCCGCAAAGUUCCAAGGCGAGAUUUUAAAUAUGAAACAAGAGAAUAACAAGGUUGCAGACGAGUUGCAAGCGGGAUUGGAUCAUGUGAACGCACUCCAACUUGAAAUAGAUAAAAGUAUGGCAAAGUUGAAUGAGGAUUACAGGCUCGCUGGAUCAAAGAAGCAACCAGCUCCACAGCUAGCCCACUCUGAGAGUCGUUCCCGAGUGCCCUUACAGUCAUUUAUAUUUGGCGUAGCACCAAAGAAGCAAAAGCGAUCAAUCUUCGCUGUUGUGGCCCCUGCAAUGCAUAAGAGAUACCAAGAUUCAAAAGCUAAAUCAUCUCAGCUGUAGAUCGUUUCAUU